AUGGGGACCUGGAUUUUGUUUGCCUGCCUUCUGGGAGCAGCUUUUGCCAUGCCCCUACCACCUCAUCCUGGGCACCCUGGUUAUAUCAACUUCAGCUAUGAGAAGUCAUAUUCUCAGGCUAUCAAUAUUGACAGGACUGCAUUAGUGCUUACUCCUGUGAAGUGGUACCAGAGCAUGUUAAGACCACCGUACCCUUCCUAUGGUUACGAGCCCAUGGGUGGAUGGCUGCACCACCAAAUCAUCCCCGUGCUGUCCCAACAGCACCCCCCGACUCACACCCUGCAGCCUCAUCACCACAUCCCAGUGGUGCCAGCUCAGCAACCCGUGGUCCCCCAGCAACCAAUGAUGCCCGUUCCUGGCCAACACUCCAUGACUCCAACCCAACACCACCAGCCAAACCUCCCUCCGCCCGCCCAGCAGCCCUUCCAGCCCCAGCCCGUUCAGCCGCAGCCUCACCAGCCCAUGCAGCCCAUGCAGCCCAUGCAGCCCAUGCAGCCCAUCCAGCCCCAGCCACCUGUGCACCCCAUGCAGCCCCUGCCGCCACAGCCACCUCUGCCUCCGCUGUUCCCCAUGCAGCCCCUGCCGCCCAUGCUUCCCGAUCUGCCUCUGGAAGCUUGGCCAGCAACGGACAAGACCAAGCGGGAGGAAGUGGUGAGUAUGCCUUGA